GCUUUUAUUUGGAGUUUUUUUUUAACUUUUUUUUUUAAAAUUUUAUUUUUUAAAAAAAUUAUUUUUUUAAAAGCUUCUAACAAAAGACUAUUUUGCCUAACUUCUACUUUGAAGUAUAUAAGUUAAAAAUAAGUUAGGUCAAACAGACACCAAGUGAGCUUUUCUCUUCCUUGUCAUUUUUGGUUUUUUUUUUUCAUCUUAUGUAGUUUGAUGUUAAGAUUUUACAAAGUUGAUUAUAAAAGAAAUUGUGUCAUUUGAUUUUCACUAAUUUAUGAUCAAAAUUAAAAAUAGAUAUGAAAUGGCCAAAAUCAAUAAUAAUAUUUUUUUUAAACAUUUAACCACGUAUCUAUAACUAUAUAUAAAAGAAAGUCUUUAGCACUUUAUAUUUACACUACAUGGAGGGAUAGUUAUGUACUGUUUGGAGUUCCAAUUGAUUGACAUGUGAGUUGGUUGAGUUUGAAGAUUUCCAUAUAUGAAUUUGGUUUUAUUUAUGACGUGUCGAUUUGAGGUAUCUCACGGUUAUGUUUUUCAUUUUAUAUUCUUCUAUUUCUCAAUAUAUCUCUAUUAUCAUCUCUAUUCUUUUUAUCAAAUUUUGUAUCCCUUAAGUUUAUAAAUUUUCUUAUCAAUUCUGUUACCUUAUCCUCAAUCAUGAAAUUAAUUAAUUAAAUCUGUGUUUUACUUCGUCAAACAUUUUUUAACUUAUGAAACCAUAUUUAUGGGGUUACGCGCUUUGAAUAUGGGCUACACGAUACUGAUACCUCGUAACAUUGAACUAGUGGAAGGCAGAUGGAUGCAUCGUCUUUUAACUUGGAUUAGUCGUUCGAAAUCCAACGGUCACAAGAAAUAGUCAACGUUGUCCACACUGUUCAUCUGAAAGAUCCAGAAUAUGGAGCGGUUGCCUUCACCGCUAAGGCAAGCACAAACACACACUCGGAAAAGAGGACCUCGCAGCUUAGAUAAGUAAAGUAAAAUCAGAACAAAAAGCAGAUUCACCAGAGAAAAAACAAAAAGGGCAGAGAAAUAGCUGAAAGACAGAUUGAAAAAUGGCGUUGCAGUGGCUGAUACUAACAUACGUGGUAGCAGCAGAGGCCGCGGUGGCUCUUCUCUUGACCCUUCCCUAUCCCAAGCUCUUGAAGAACCGUUUGGUCUCUCUCAUCUCUCUCAUUCUGCAGCCUGCCCUCUUUAUUGUUCCCUUUGCCGGAUUUCAGCUCUUAGAUAUUUACUGGAAGAACGAGCACCGCUUGAUGUGUACCUCUGAGAUCUGCACUGCUGCCGAGAGAGAUCGUUACGAGAAAUCUGGCCUACUUAGUAUGCAGUACUCAUAUCCCUGCGGUGCUAUCUUUCUUGGGGUCUUCAAAGCUCAAAGGAAUAUAAUUUUGUGUGCAACUGCUUGCCUCCUGUACUGGUGUAUCCACCGCAUUUGCAAGUACAAUAAGGAAAUUCAGAGUUUGGAGGAAGUAGAGAAGAGAUACAAGGAUCAAUAGUUUCUUAUCUUAGCCAUCACAGGGUUGACUGACAACCGGUUGAUAAUGCUUCUACAGAAAUCUCAGAUUGCCUCUAGGGAGAUUCUGUUAUGUUAUAAGCCUUCAUUUGCUAUAUGUGUAUGGUGUGUUCCAUGCCAAAGUUCCUGCAUUUUCUCUUUGAAUCUUUUGUUACCAAACGGAUCCUAUAUUUGGUGGUUUUUGUUAGUGAUGAAGCAAUUGCGUUGGAUGUGUGCACUGCCUCGUUUAUCUAUUCUAACGAUCGUUGCCAUGAACAUGGCGAGGCCCUGAAUGUGCCUUCUACUUGCAAACAGGUUGUUCGCGCUGAAUUUGGGUUCGAGUCUUCAAAGUGUUUGCCUGAGUUCGCUCGUAGACUUGAGAUAUAUGAAUGUUCAAAUAAAAAAGUUAUUUUAUUCUAAUGUUA